UGGAUUUAAGCUGUUGGGUUCUAACUUGAAAUAUCCUUAUUCAUGUUACCAUAUUAGAACUGGGUGUAUGGAAAUCUACUGAGUGAGAAAUGGGAGUGCAAAAAGUUUACAUUCUAUCAGAACAUGUUAUUGUUAAAUCUCAUGUAUCCUUUGGAGAGGAGAAAGGCAACAGCCUGGUUUCAGUCACUGAUAAGGUAGGACAGCCAUGAGUUAGGGAGGAGUGAAGAAUGUGGGCCGAGAUGCAUUGGCUAUCCAGAUGUGCAAGGAGGAGCCUCCACCUAGAAGGAGGGUAUAAAUAUAUGGGCCUGUGUAAACAUGUCUUUUCAGCUGUUUGACCCAAUGGGUGAAUAAACUUGGUUUGAGCUUUGUCUGGUUGUCUGUUAGUUUUUCACUCUGUUUGUCAGAACCUAACAAAGCAAACAAAGGCACGCAACUCCAGAGGAUAAACAUAGGUAAAUGGAAGCGUUGCAUAAUAUUUUUACUUUUUCUAUUGACUGUGGGCAUGUUGUCUGAGCUGAAUUCCACAAAGCAUUGUCUCUGCUCCACACCGUUGGUGGAAUUUAUCAGAAACUUCCUUCACCAUGGAGUUGAGUUUAGUCAGCUACAUUGAACCCUGCCAACUCAUAUCAGUACUACCAUCAUAGUCAGAGGCCUCAGGGUGCGUUUGCCACCGCUGUGUGAGCAAACAAUGACGGAGGACAGGUUGAAGGCAGACCCCUCCAAGCGGGAGGGUCUGGACUCAGGAGAGGGAGACACAGAGCCUAGCCUGCUGCUGCAGAAACUAAAGAGCAACAUCUCUAAGAAUAUACAGGGGAAAGUGGAUGUUAUCCUGCAAGAUGUGCAGCGCUUCUCUGACAACGACAAACUCUACCUUUACCUCCAGCUGCCUUCUGGCCCCAGUCCAGGGGAGAAAAGUCUGGCAAUGGCCCCGCUGGCACAACUUAGGCGGUGGUGUAUUUCUGCAUCGAUGUCAGCUUUGGAGGACAGAACACUGCCAAGCAGCAGCAGCAGCAGCAGCAGCAGUGACCCCAGUUCCUUCAACACAGCUGACCAGCUGCACACCUGCAACUGGAUCCGCAGCCACCUGGAGGAGCAUGUAGACACCUGCCUUCCCAAGCAAGACGUCUACGAGACAUACAAGAGAUACUGUGAAAACCUGCAGCACCGGCCUCUGAGUGCUGCCAACUUUGGGAAGAUCAUCCGUGACAUCUUCCCCAACAUCAAAGCCCGGAGGCUCGGUGGCAGGGGACAGUCCAAGUAUUGUUAUAGUGGAAUCCGUAGGAAGACAGUGCUAAACAUGCCACUGUUGCCAAACCUGGACCUGAAAAAUGACCCAUCGGAGCUGACGGAGCUGGUGCAGACCUACAAGCAAGAGGUCACGGAGGCGGCUUGUGAGCUCAUCUGUGAUUGGGCCCAGAAGAUCCUCAAACGUUCCUUUGACACAGUGGUCGAGAUCGCCCGUUUUCUUGUGCAGGAGCACAUCGUCAACCCACGCUGCAGCCAGGCUGAACUCGUCACUUCUGCCGCGAUGGCAGGAGGACCUGCAAAGCCCCACAAGGUGAUCAAGAAGAACCCAGUACCGUCAAAAGGAGGUGGGCCGGAGACAGAAGGGAGCAGCUCUGAUGCUAAGAGGGAUAAAGAAGUUGGUGAUCAGUCGUCGCCGGGGACACUGCAGUCCAGUGACAAGCCAACCAAAGGGGCGGAGUCAGUACGCCCAGGGGGUCGUGACCUGCAGGUGGAGGCUCUGAUGAAGCACCUGCCCAGAAUCCUGCCUCGCAGCUCCGUCCCGGAUAAGUCCCAAGGCGGCGCCCUCCCCGUCAUGAUCCUCCCCCACACCGUCAGCCUAUCCUACCCCGAAAAAGCCCUGCCGGUUACCAUGGUGCCCGUGGCACCGACGUCGGUGGUGCAGAGGGCCCGUGCCGUGACCAAACGGGCCCUCGAGGCUCCGACUGCAACCAGCGGGGGCCCCGAGCCGGGAGGCACGCCGGCCAAACGGAAACGAGGACGACCCAGGAAGCCACGGCCAGAGGACACCACCUCUCCGCAACCGCCCCCUCCGUCCCUACCUUCGGUCAACCAAGCCCACAUCAUGAAGUCCCUCACUGGAGGGGUGAUCCAGAAAGCCUGCUCGUCCUCCUCCUCUUCCCAGGUGGUGGAGGUCGUGUUCCAGGACCAGCAUGCCGUGGUGCUCGGCCAGCUACAUUCGGUAGCGGACUCUGGCAACCCAGAGCACCGGGGUAUGGUGCUCGAGACUGACCCACGGCCCCUGCUGCUGCUGCCAGGGACCAGCAACGCAAACUGGGACAUGGGCAGGGCCAUGGUAGAGGUCAUCCAGAGGGCACCGAGACCCCCCACCACCGAAAACAACAACAACUCCCAGUCUAUCCCCCAGCACCGCCUGCCCCUGCCCACUUUGCUGGAGGAUCGAGGUGAGGUGGAGAUCACCCUCACCCCCAUGGAGCCUUCGGAAGAUCUGCCGACCCCCACCACCCAGGCUAGCUCGAAGGGCCGCCCUGCGCCUGAUGACAGCACUAAGGUUGAAAGACCCUAGCACUGGCCCUCUCAGUCCCGAACCUCACCCUCCUUGUCCCAGAGACUAGGGAGCACUAAGGGACUUUAUACUACCCUCAGCAUGAAGAUAACCACCCCCAAUUCCUCAAUCAUCUUCUCCCAGGUAGCAAGCUCCAUCUGGCUCCACACAGUCCCUCUCCCAUAUUACCGAUUGGUGGAAAUCCAAGAUUGGCGGCACAGAGACCCAAGAAGGGUUGAUGAAGCCAAACCGCUACAUACCCAUGUUGACCUUCCAUUAGCCCUUGCAUUUGACAAUGUAAAAAGGGCCGUUUAUAACUCUUUGCUAUAUGACUCUAACUGCAUGUUUUUCUUUGUAAUUGUGAGCAAAGAUAUAGACAAAUGCGGCUCCAUACUCCUGAGAUUGGAUUUCUUGUAGUUCUGAUGACGAGGAGGGGCUAUUUACGGGUUCGGACCAUUCGAGGUUCUAAGUGCUACUCUCCCCGAGAGGAACUCCCCUCAAAGCGUUAUUUUUUUAUAUCUUUGGUUGUGUUAUGUUGAUGUUUGUAGUUGUGCUUUCAAAUAGACUUCCAGAGUAAAGGCGUCCGCAUGCUUCCCAGACUAAACAGUUCGGAAGGGUUUGUGCAUAUAUUAUGAUGACAUUUUGUGACGUUUCUGUUCAUUUUGGACUUCGGUAAGGAUUUUUCCGCUGUUCGGGAACACCCCAAAAAAUUCUAGAGGCAAGCCAAAGUCGGUAGCCGAAGUCUACGCCCCUUCGUCAGUAAUUGGUCAACAGUCGGGAUUCUUCAAUAAAGUCUUUGUUGUCAUUUAACGAGAGACGACUCAUUUUCAUGCACAUUACUUCAUUGAGAAAUACUGCAACAAACAUCUUAGUUAGAUGUAAAAUUGCGCAACUAAGAUCUUUGUAAAAACGUCUAAAUUAAUGACAGAUUUCUUGAGUUAUCUUAGAUUAAUUCUGUCUAUUUAGAGGAAGUGUAUACUGGCUACGGCAUCUCAAAAUGGACAAACCGUACUCGUUGGGUUUGCCAAGCCAAGUGCGGCUAGUCGCCAACCAAACUGAAGCAUGCUGACGCCUUAAGAAAGGAGAAGGCAUGACACUGCUGGUGGAACUACAUUUAAAUGAUGCCCCUGUCAGGCAUCGGAACUGGAUCUGCGACUGUAUUCUAAAACAUUGUGUGACAAGAUUGUGAGUUUGCCCCCCUUCCCCAAAACCCCUAAGCUGGAGUAUGACGGAAAAGCAAGCACUUACCUGGGCGUAAUUCCAAUAUUAUAGCACUUCCUGUUAGCGACUUAGUGUAAAUGACAAAACAUUAUAGACACCAUAUAGGCAAGACUAUGACAAACAGUCGUUUAGGUUUGCCUUUGCAUUUUGAAUUUACAGCACCUCAGACGAAAGCAUUAAAGCACAAACCUGUGAGCCUAGUGUAAAACCUUGAGCGUGGCAAAGAGACUUAAUGGAUUAUUAGAGCUGAUUUAGUAAAUAAUUUAGCCUAAUGCUAAUGUAGGUUGCCAAACCCUUUUUUAUAAGUACCUGUAUACACUCUAGUACUAUAAUAUCAUUUUCACAAAUUCAAACUGUCUUACAGAGACAACUGUUGUUUAGCCACCAUUGCCAAACGUUCAAACUCUGGCUUUGCCUAGGGGUGCAUACAUCUUAUAUGCAUUACGUAGCAGUACAUGAUAAUGUAAGAUACUGAUACCCUUCUCUCCAAAUCCAGCAUAUCAUCCAAAGUAUGAUCAACCUUAAAUAGGUUGGUUAUGUGUUUUAUUUACACCUUUUGGAAUUAAAUUGAAACAGAUGUCAAGAAUAUUUGCACUGAUAUGAAGAAAGCAAAACGGGAAGAGCCUGUUAGUUAAUAAUAGUAAUGAUUACUAGAAAUUAUAAACUGGGUGGUUCGUGCACUGAAUGCUGAUUGGCUGAAAGCUGUGGUAUAUCAGACUGUAUACGACAGGAAUGACAAAACAUUACGUUGGUAACCAGUUUAUAAUUUCAAUAAGGCACAUCGGGGGUUUAUGUUUAAAGGCUGUGUUUAGGCACUCCCCGUUGUGUCAUGACUAAGAAUGGCCCUUAGCCCGUGGUAUUUUGGCCAUACACCACAUCCCCUCUGGCCUUAUUUCUUAAUUAAAUGAUGAUUAAAAACAUGAUUGUUAUGCUUGAGGUAGUUUUGGAACAAGCAAUGUUAGCUUUAUUUUUCAAUGGAGUUGAUGGUCAAAUUUGACUGAAUUGAGAAUAAGCACAACAGAAUUAUACUUUAUUAUUAGUUUAUGCCACAUUAUUGUCCUUCUGUAAACUAUGGGCUUAUGAAGAGACAAACUGGAUGUAAAUUCAUGGUGCAUGCAUUUGGUGCUGUAAUGGUGAUGACUCAAGAUUGUCUACACACUACGCUAGUUUCCCGGGAAAACAGGGAUUCCCUAUGUCUGUCUUCAAACCCUGUCGAUUUUCUUCCCUGCCUGUAUGUAGUACAGGGGUGACCAACCAUAGACAUACAUGUGGCCAACCUUGUAGGCAGGCUUUUCUCCCUGCUCUGUUCUUACACACCUGAUUCUAUUCUACUAAUCAACUGCUCAUUAUUAGUUAAAUCAGUUGUGUUAAAGCAGAGCUAGAACGAAAUCCUGCACACUUUGUAACUCCCCGGUGAGGACGGUGUGCCGCCCCUGAUCUAGUAUAUUCUAUUGGUCUGUUAAUUGUGUAAUUACAUGUACAUGGUUAUAGUAACUCACCUUAUCCUCAUUCAUGACAUUGGACUAUGAGCUAGCAAUGAUCUCCUGAGUUGUAUUAGUCAAUCGACAGAUCAAGUUAAUAUCAGUAAAAGAGGUAGGUUUGAAUGAUGACUACAGAUUAACUGCAGGCCCAGGGGACUUACAUGGGGAACCUCUUCCAUAAAUAAGUACAUGUCCUUUAGUGUGCAUUUAAAUGAGUAUUGCAGUAAGUGAAUGAGUGAGUGGGAGAACUUUCACUGUGGAGCCACGGUGCUCAAAAGAAACGGGUCAGAGAAUCAAAGAUAAGGAUCGGGAUACGGGUAGCAGUGCCUUGACCUUAACUGCCGGUUAAACCACACAUGACCGACCACGGUCAAGCUUUGCAGAUGCUCUGUUGAUGGUGGUAACACUCUAAACUAGCCCGGCUAGCUAUGUAGGGGUUAAGUAGCUUCAUAGCUUUGCUUUGCGGUUUGUUUGAGUUCAUGCAAAUAAAAAGAUUGCAAAUGAGUAAUUUUGUUAAUAUUGUUGUUUUAUCAAAUCUCCGAAAACACUUUAUCAUAUGUGCUUUUGUUGAUAUACGUCUGUGAAGUUUCAUGUAUUGUACAGGUCACUUGAUGUGCAGUUUUAACAUGAAUGUCUUUGAAUUUCAAAGACACUUACAGUUCAAAGAAACCUAUCCAUGCAUGGUUUUAUGUGACAGUGAUUCUAUUACUCUAAAAUAAAAAAUAAAAACACUGUUACUCCUAGCUUAGAAACAUGUCAAAACAUAAAAUGUAUUGACUAGGGGGUUUAUUAAAAAUGGGAUGUAUUAUCUGUUUUAGUUUACAUGUAUAAUCCCCCAGGUUGUGUUUUGCACUUUAUUCAUACCGGAAGAUUAAGUCAUUUAUAAUUGGUGUACACAUAAAAAACAGAAUCCUGAUUUGAUAAUUAAGUGUCACACCUUACAUGUUCGUAAUUUUAUACAUGCGACUCUGAAUGCCCUUGUUUGAAAUUGUUUCCAAUUUGUUUUUUUGUAAAUCAUCGUCUCAGAGAUUUUGUGACAUUUACAUCUAUGCUUCCUUUAAAAAAACACAACUAAACAAAAUGAUGCCAACGACUAAUGUGAAUAUAUUUUCCUAUGCUGACUGUAAUAAAUGUUAAAGGUAACUGGAGAUGUUACAGUAGGUGUU